UCGUUGUGACAUUGUGGUGACGUCGCAGUGACAUCGCAGUGACACUCCGGUGCCACCCCGGCCAUGCUGCGCGGUGCCCGGGCGGUGGCCCUGUUCCUGUCCCCUGUCCCGUGUCCCCGGCGCCGCUGUCACCGUCCGUGUCCCCCCCCGCGGGACCUGGCUGUCCCCAACCCCGGCUGGAGCGAGCGCAUGCGGGAGCGGCACCGGGAGCUGCUGGAGCGGGCGCGGGACGAGGGCUGGACACGGGUGCCGAGCUACCGGAGAUUCCUGCCACAGAUGGUGGGGCUGCCCAGUGACAGUGACGGUGACAGGGACACGCGGCUGUUCACGAGGGCCAUCGAGGGCGACGGGGACGGCUUCGAGUUUGUCACCUUCCUGAAUGUCCCCAAGGGCCGCCUGCGCUGCCUGUGCCAGCUGGGGCCCUUCCUGGAGGGACACCCGGGGCUGGCGCACGGCGGUGCCAUCGCCACCCUCAUUGACACCUCGCUGGGGACGCUGGCGCUGGCGGUGGGCGGGCGCGUGGUGACAGCCAACCUGAGCAUCGACUACCUGGAGCCCGUCCCCCUGCUCUCGGUGCUCCUGCUCGAGGCGUUCCUGCAGCGCCACCAGGGCCGGAAGCUCUUCCUGAGCUGUGACCUGUGGGACGCCGAGGGGACAACGCUGCACGCCAAGGCCACCGGGCUCUUCAUCCAGCAGGACCUGCCCGAGGAGCCACCACGGGGAGGGGACAGCGGCCGGUGACUGUCACCCGUGUCACCUCCUGUGCCACCCGUGCCACCCGUGUGACCCUCGGUGCCCUCCCUGUCCCCCAGUGCCACCCUGGCUCUCCUUCAGCCACCCCUGGGUGUCCCCAAAUGUCCCCCCCCAUGUCCCCAAGUGUCCCCAAGUGUCCCCGUGCCCAUCACGGCCGCUGCCACCACCCCUUGUGUCCCUUGUGUCACUUUGGGGUCCUGGGAGGGGGACUUGGGUGGGGA